AUGACGUUGGUGAGAGGGAGUGGUCACAUAGACAUGACGCUGGUGAGAGUGAGUGGUCACAUAGACAUGACGUUGUCGAGAGUUAGUGGUCACAUAAACAUGACGUUGGUGAGAGUUAGUGGUCACAUAGACAUGAUGCUGGUGAGAGUUAGUGGUCACAUAGACAUGAUGCUGGUGAGAGUUAGUGGUCACAUAGACAUGAUGCUGGUGAGAGUUAGUGGUCACAUAGACAUGAUGCUGGUGAGAGUUAGUGGUCACAUAGACAUGAUACUGGUGAGAGUUAGUGGUCACAUAGACAUGAUGCUAGUGAGAGUUAGUGGUCACAUAGACAUGACGUUGGUGAGAGUUAAUGGUCACAUAGACAUGACGUUGGUGAGAGUUAGUGGUCACAUAGACAUGACGUUGGUGAGAGUGAGUGGUCACAUAGACAUGAUGCUGGUGAGAGUUAGUGGUCACAUAGACAUGACGUUGGUGAGAGUGAGUGGUCACAUAGACAUGAUGCUGGUGAGAGUUAGUGGUCACAUAGACAUGACGUUGGUGAGAGUUAGUGGUCACAUAGACAUGACGUUGGUGAGAGUUAGUGGUCACAUAGACAUGACGUUGGUGAGAGUUAGUGGUCACAUAGACACAUGA